CGCGCCGCCGCCAGUUCCCCGAGCGCCGGCCCGCCCGCCGCCUGCGUCGCGCCCGUCCAGCGCGCAUCGCCCACCUCGUCGCCAGCGCAUUAUCCAUAAUCCCAUUACGAUUUUACGCACGGGACGCUUACGCGAUUAUAAAAUUUUUACACCAAUAGCGAUGUUGCACAGCGCUACUAAACGCCGAGCACUCCGAAUCAAUUCCUGACGCCUAGUUCAGAGCCGCCGAUAUAGGUCGCCCGGUUCGAACCGAGCGAGAUAUUUUUAUGGCCGGUGUGCGGUGCAGACUUACGAAGUUACGAGCGUCUCGGUCGCGUCGCUACUUACAUGAAAUUAUUAUAACGACGUAGAAUCGUAAAACUCAUUCCAUAAACAAUAUCGAGUGAUGUGCAUUGAGCGCAAACGAAUUGGCCUUCAUAGGAUUUUAUGGUUCGGUUAUCGAAGGCAGAUGUGAAUGAAUCGAUGUUGUAUUAGCAUUUAGGCGAAAAUUGUUGACAUUUGUGUAUUGCAUUUGCUAGUAGUUUGUGUGUGAGAGUGAAAAUGCAUCAUCUGUAUCCGUUGGCGAAGGGCGACCCGUUGUGUCCGCUGGGAUUCCACCCUCAGACCCGGUGGCCGACGCGGUGCAAGCGGUGCUUCCGCGAUUACAAAGAGCACGGCGGACGAAAAAAGGAGGAUGAUUUUACUUCUUCCACACCAAGCCUCUCCUCGUGGAACUCGCCAUCAUCACGGACACGUGAAGAUGAUAGCGCAGACGUGGGGAAGGCUACCCGCGGCUGGGCCUCCAGCUCAAAUCUCAGCUCAGAGUCAUCCAAGAAAGACGCCUUCUCCACGGGGUUCAGUAGAACCAGUACAUCGUGGACGUCGACGCCGGACUUGGGGGCUAAUGAAGGCGACACUUCAACCGCUAUUACAGUCAACCUCAAGUUGCCCAAACGUAGAAGUACAGGGCCCCUACCUUCUUUGGACACGGGUCAAAAUACAGAAACGGUGACAGUUCGUCGACCGUCCCCAUCCCCGCCACCACCUGCCGUACACUCCACCGCUGUGAUCACAAUCAAUAAAAACGACUCCCUAGCCGAGCGGGUGCGAAAGAUGCAGUUAAUCAAAGCUCAAAGUAGUUUCGACAAAGAAUCUAGUUUAGAAAAAGAAAGGGAAAGACGAAGUACGUCAAGAAGCAAAGAAGAAGAAAAAUCUACACGACAAAAGGAAGAAAGAAGUAGUGUAAAAGAGGACGUUAACUUUUUAAUGCAGGUAAAAAGCAAUCGCGCCAGUACCAAUUCCAAACCUCCCAAACGUGGAGGCCCUACUACUAAAGAAGAUGCAUCUGACGAUGAAGUUAGCACAGUAGGCACCAACACCACCGACACUGAAACAACUCUUAUCGAUCCCAAUAUUAAGGAUUAUCAGGACCAAAUCGAGAACUUAAAAGGAGAAGUAGACCUUUUAAGGAAACGUUGUGAGCGAGUAGAAAAAGAGAAAAGUGAUAUUUUGUUGAGACGAUUAGCAAACAUCGACACAACAAACAAAUAUUCCACCGGCCGUUCUUCAGAAGUGCUAAAACUACAGCAAAAAGUAAACGAACUGACCGCGCAAAAUGAAGAUCUUAGAGAUGAGAAGAAACAUCUGACUCUAAGAAUAAAGGAAAUUGAGGUUGAACUUGAUUCUCGGCCAUCGAUAGAUGCUCAAACGCGACAAAUAGAACAGCUUAGAGCAAAGUUGUUAGCAGCUGAAACUCUGUGCGAAGAGCUGAUGGACGAGAAUGAAGACAUGAAGAAGGAAUUACGCGACUUGGAAGAAGAAAUCGAAGAGAUGCAAGACAACUUUAGGGAAGAUCAAGCAGAUGAAUAUUCUUCACUGAGGAGAGAAUUGGAGCAAACAAUAAAGAAUUGUAGGGUUUUGUCCUUUAAGUUAAAAAAGACUGAGCGUAGAGCUGAACAGCUUGAGCAAGAGAAAGCUGAUCAGGAGAAAAAGCUUUUAGAGAUAGUAGGCGGCGCAGAGGGUCUUCAGCGUGAAAAUCGCAUCAAGGAACUUGAAAAAGAGGUAGCGCGUUCAAAUGAAGUAGCACUACGUUUGCAACGAGAACUAGCAGAAGCUAACGCCAAACUCGCCACUGCUUCGGGGGCUCCGCCCGCUAAUGUAAAGAAGCAAGCAUUGAGUGAUGGAAAAGUAUCUCGGUCGUCACUGACGCGGGGCGGCAGCCAAGAGGAUCCUGCGCAGCUACUGCGCGACUUGCAAGACUCCCUCGAACGGGAAGCAGAUCUAAGAGAACAACUGCGGAACGCUGAAGAAGAGGCAAGUCGAUACCGACGACGGUUCGCAGGCAAACAGAUUCCACCGCUACCGAAAGAUCCAUCGCCAUCAACGCUUCAUCUCGCUACUAAUCUUGCUGCCAAUGUUGAAGAAGAUAAAUAUAUUAACCAAAUACUAGAAAUGCAACAUGCACUAGAACGAAAUUUAUCCUCUUUAGAUAUAAGUAAAUUGACUGUCGGUAUAAAUCAAACAGUUCAAUCGCCACAAGAUCUUAUAACAUCAUAUUCCGAAGGCUGUCAGACCGAUGUUGUUCUGUAUCACGAAGUAGCUACGGAUACUAAGAAACUGACCCUAGAUUCAUGUUUACUAGUUAAUAUCCCGUGUUCAGAUAUGUAUUCGCAAACAGAGGUUGCCUUUGUUAAAAACAAGAGCAUCCAAACCGAUUUAUUGCUGUUAAAUUCUUACGCGCAAACCAAUAAAAUAAACACGAGAAACACUUUUACACAAUUUAAUAAUAUUCAAAUAGAUAAAUGUAUUCAAAUAAAAAACACGGAGGUAGAACUAAUACAAAAUGAGCACAAAAUAUUUGAUGAAAAAGGUACAUUAACUGAAAUAUCUGGCAUGCUUGUUUCAGAAGACAAAGCAGAAACAAGUACUAAAAAAAUUAGAAAUAAAUCUGAUAGUCCACCUCUUUCCUCUGAUAGGGUUGCAGCAGGCUCUUCAAACCAAAUACAAUUUCCUUUCGCUUUAUUCAAUCCGUUGGCAGCAAGGUUACCCAUUGUAGGUCGAAAGCUAUCUCCAACCCCACCUACAAAUAGACUUGCUAUUGAGGCCCCUAAUGAAAAAGAUGAAGGAAUAUCCGAUGAGGAGGAUCCAGCAGAGUUGAGGCUUCUACUAGAACUUAACGAGCAGGAAGCCGCCGUUUUACGAAAAAAAGUGGAAGAAUUAGAACUUGACAGAGAUUCUCUAAAGAAACAAGUUAAGGAAUUGACAGAAAAAAUUUCCAGUGUCACUACUAAACCGAAUGUCCAUUCCACAGUUAACUUGCGCAAAAAUACUGCAAAGAACAGUAACCUAGCAGAAGAAAAAGUUAAGGUGCUCGAAGAUGAAAUUGCUGAACUAAGGAAAAAGCUCAUAGAAAAGGAAAGGGAUUGUGAAAGAUUACACGCGGAGCUUAGUCUUACUCAAAAGAAACCCAAAGCAUCGCUCAUAAAAAGCAAAUCUUUAGAUGCAAAUGAUCAACAGAACGUAGAUUUAAAACGACAACUUCAAGUAAUAGAGCAGGAAGCAAGUGUACUUAGAGCUAAAACUCAAAGUUUAGAAGCUGACAAUGAAAAAUUACAAGCUGAAAAUAAAAAGUUACAGCUACUCAAAAAUACUAAAACUUUAAGGACAGAGAAAUCAUUUGACCUAAACACAAGUAAAAUAAGCAAACUUGAGACUGAAUUAAAGGACGCACUGACCAAAAUUAAGGAUCUAGAAAAUAACAAAGAUAAGGAAGACAAAUCUGACAAGAAAGUACGAUUUGGUGAGAUGGCUAAAAAGGAUAACGAUACACUUAAAGUAAAACAAGAUGAAUUAGAUAAAUUAAAACUUAGCUUUAAUAAGUUAGAGAAGGAGAAAGCCAAAUUGCAAACCACUUUGAAGGAGUUGAAAGAGGAUGCAAUUAAAAAAUUCAAACCUAGGACGCCUAAAAAGGUGACUGAUAUCACAACAAAAUUACAAAUGAAGAGAAUGGUUGAAGAACUUGAAAAUGAAAUUGGUGAGUUAUACGUAAUCAUGAAGAAUGCAGGGCUUACGUCCCAAGAAAUCAAUGCUAAAGGACAACUAGAGAAAGAUGUUGAAAAUAUUAAAUCAAAACUGUCAAAAAGUGAAACUGAAUUUACAAAUGAGAAGAAUCGCUUACAAAGUGAAAUUGUAAAACUAAAAGACUUGAAUGCUAAAUUAGAAACAGAGAAAAAUACUUUUAUUGAUAAAUGUAAAUCUCUAGAAACUGACCAUAGUAAAGUAGUAUCUGAAUGCAAAUCAUUGACUGAAGAUAAAAACGGCUUAGAAACCCAAAUAGCAAAACUGAAUGCAGAUAUCAAAAAAAAUAAUUCACAACAAACAGCGAUGUCAGACUGUAUGAAGAAAAUUGAAGAUCUAAAGAAGGAAAUGGAUGUCAAAGACAAAGAAAUUGACAAAUUGAAAAAACAAAUAGAUGCGUUAACCAAAACAGAACAGGACAAAAGUAAAUUGCUCAAAGAGGUGGGAGAUAAAACUAAAAAGAUAGGUGAGCUAGAAAAGAAAUUGAAAGAAGCGGAAGACAAGUGCAAGCGAAAUGAAAAAUUACUCGCCACACGUAAAGAUAAAGUUGCCAAAUUAGAAAAAGAGCUUUCUGAAGAAAAAGAACAAGCUGAAGCAUUAGCAAGUUCAAAACGACGAAUGUCUGUUGAAUUUACGAGUGAAAAGGAUGAAAUACAAACAAAGCUUUUUAAAUCUGAAAGUAAAUUAAUUACUUUAGAGUCAGACAUAAAAGAAAUGAAAUCAGAUUAUGAAAAUAAAAUUUCUAACUUGGAAUCUACCAUAGCCGCCAAAGACAAUCAUAUAAAACAACUGGAAGAUGCUCUACGUGAAACAUCUAACCAGAAGUACGACGAAGCACUAUCAUCAGUUGAAAUCGCUCAACUUAAAGAAAAAUAUGAUCGGGUUUCUAAAGAACUUACCGAAAAGUCAGAAGAGUUGAUGUCUGUUAAAACAGAACUCAGUAAUAAUGAAAAGGCUUUAUCCGUUCUUAAAACAGAAGUUGCACAACUUAAGUCUGAUAUAGCUAAAAUUGAAAAUGAGAAAAAGGAUCUAGAAAAUAAAUUGAAAGCUGAGAAAAAAGAAAGCCAUUAUUGGGAACAGAAAGCAUCUGAAUCUGAUACUGAUUUACAGGCUGAAAGAAAAAAAUGCGACCGUAUGCGGGCUAAUCACGACAAAGAUAUUAAGAAUAAAGAAGCAGAACUAGCAACGCUUAAAGGAAAACUUAAAGUUUUAGAACAAACCUCAGGUGCUGGUGCUAAACGAUUAACUGAGCUUAAACAAGAGCACGAGGAGACGGUUAAAAAAUUAGAACAUUCAUUAGCCCUUGAAAAGGCAGAAUAUGAAGAGUUAACAGGUAAAUACGAAUUGUUAGAAGAAGAACAUGUAGUCACAAAAGCAAGGCUUACUGUUGAAAAGGAAAAAGCGCAGAGUGACCUAAUGCUUGUACAAAAUGAGUUAAGUAAAACUUUAGAGGAGCUUAAAACGCUUCAAGACAAUUAUGAAAGUGAAUCAUCGGCUUGGAUUAAGGAGAAGUCUGAAUUACAGAAAGAGAUUUCUUCAUUGCAAGAGCGUUUAUGUGGCGGUGGAUGGGAAGUGGAGCGAGCAAGGCUCACAGCACGUCUUGAUCAGCUUGAACGUGAUCUACGUUCAUCUAAGGAGGCACAUGAUAUGCUUUCACAUCACCACGACGUCGUUAAAAAAGAAUUGGAAGAGGCCCGAAAGAAACUUGAAGAUUAUGAGAAAGUAAGCAAAGUUCAUAGAACACUGACAGCUGAUAAUGUUGUGUUAGAGCGCGAACUUGCAGCGCUGAAUACAAGGUUAGAAGAAGCGGACAAGGCAAGGAAAAACGAAAUAGCUGUAAUUAAAACGCGGUACGAAGCACAGAUGAACACAAUGAGAGACGAACUGAAAUCAUUACAUAACCAGGUGUCGAGAUUCAGGCGAGAGCGAGAUAAUUACAAGCAAAUGUUAGAUUCAGCUCAAAAGUCGAUGAUGGAAACUAAAAAUGGUGACAAAAGAGUACAAAGGAAUUCAAUAUCGAGUACGGAUGAGGAGGAGUACCGAAACAAAGUGGCAAUACUGGAACAACAGCUGGCGUGCGCGGAAGACGAACUGUGCGAAGCCCGCCUUCUUUCAUCCAAGCUUAACACCGAGCUCAUCAGCGAACGAUCCACCGCCGAAGUCCGUCUCGCUGAAAUGCAGUCAAGACUUAAUGAGUACGAGGAGGAAAGACUGCUGUCAUCUGGGCGAGCGCGCGUGGCCGGGCUCGCGACGCGCAUGGAGCUGGCGUGGCACAAGGAGCGCGACGAGCAGCAGCGCCUGCUGCACGAAACCUCCACGCUCGCCAGGGAUCUGAGACAAACACUCUUCGAGGUAGAACGAGAAAGAGAAAAAGAGAGACUAGAUAUGAAGAGAAGAAUAGAUCAGCUAAAGAGAACUACUGAGGAAGAAACAGAAGAAGCUAAGAAAAAAGUGACAGAGUUACAAUGCGAUCUGUUGGAACUAAGGGACGCGCACGCCAAGCUGCGCACGGCCAACGAGAAACUUCGCCGCGACAAGGAGCGUCACGACCGCGACCGCGACCAGAAUAAGAUGCUUGUUGUCUCACUCAAACGCGCACAGCAGGAAGACGAUAGAGUGAUAACGCAACUGUUGGAAACAAUCGAUGAUCUAAUGAAGCAGAGUCCAGACCUGUUCCCAAAUGAGCCGCCCGUCAAGCCAGAGAAGAGCCUAAUGACUCCAACACCGCCGAGACGUAAUAGGUCAUCGAAAUCCCGCUCCCGUUCGGCGACGCCAGAGAACAUGGAGGCGCGCGCGGCGAGCGACGCCGCCGCCACGGCCGCGCGGCUGCGGCGCCUCACCGACGAGCUGCGCGCCUCGCGCAUCGCCGAGCGCCAGCGCAGGCAGCAGGCUAACCCCAGACGCGCAAUGUCUACGGAACCGCGUGACACGCUCUCCGUAACGCCAGCCUCUCGGACGCCUUCCCGCGUGCCAUCGCUGAAGAAACGAUCCAUAUCGCUUGAACAAACUACUAAGGAACAGAGCGCAAUUUGGAAAUCGGUGGACGAUAGCAGCGUCUCGUCGAUGCAGUCUUUAGAUGGCGAUUCAGAUAUGCGUCUGUUCACUAUGCAACGCGACGCGAGUCUGGACAGUCGAUUAUCUGGUGGAUCUGCCCAAAGUGACGUUUUGCCUUCGGAGAAGAAGAAAAAAAAGGGGCUCUUCGGCAAACUGAAGAAUCUUACCAAAUCGCGCUCCAUAGACGACCACGUUGACUCAGAUGUCGUAGACUUCAGACCUAUUGGCACUGUUUCACAGGGCUCAGAUUCUGAUAUGAGCGCAGCUGGCAGCAAACGUGAUCUGCGCGGCCGACUGUCUGGCAUGUUCAGCAGAAAGCAAGUGAGCCGGGGUAAUAGCAAAGAGCUGAGUCCAGAGCGGCCGGCCAGCGCUGCCAGCAGUACCGCGGGGGCGAGCGGCACGAAGCCUAUAUUGCGUAAUGCCAGCGCCACCACGCUGCCCGCUAAACUGAAUGAAUCUCCCAGCUCAAGGGCAUCGAGUGUCACGCCCGCCACGAAGAGGAAAGGGAAAUAAUUGAAGAUAUAAUAUAAUUUUUCGCUUUUUAUUGUAUUUAUCCAACCUAUGAAUAUUCCACAUAGCAUGUAAUAUCACAAUACAUAUCGGAUAGAGCUAUCAAAAAAACAUCUAAUAAACAAUUUCCGUCUGUAUUCUGCCAUAGUCCAUGGCGACUUUCUGUGGCAAUCGACUACCGCUAUUUGUGAGUGUGUGACUGCAUCGCCAUCAGUCGCCAGUCGCAUUCGAAACGCGCUAGAGAAGCGAUACAAUACACAUAGCUGGAUCGAAGUCAUCGCACUGCAUCACACUAGGGCUGAGAAGAUAGAGCGCGAUGUGACUUUGCUCACACUUAAGUUUCAGUUAAAAUGAGAUAUGCAUAUAGGAUGUAGCCAGAACGCCAGCAAAAACCUAGCGUUAUAUUAUACUAUACUUUAACACAAUCCAAUGCCAAUAACCAUUUGCCUUAUCUUGUAGUUUUAGUGAUUUAGUAUUUUUCAAACCCGCAUUGUAAAGCAUGCAGAACUCGGGUCAAUGCCGCGUCGUAGGUGGGAUAUUGACCCACUAAAUAGAUGACUUCGAGUGGCCUAUUUACGGAACGUUCGUUGACCUCUAGCAUCAGUCAGAUGUUUUAUUUGCAAUACAUUGUGAUCUUCAAAAAGAUACAGGAUUUUAAAAUUUUUAUUUCGUAGUUUUUUUCAUGGUACCUUAUCAGUAAUCAUCACUACUAUCACCUGUCUUCGUUUUUGCUAGCGUUCUGGUUACACCCAGUAUAUCAGCGAUAGGUGUGCAGUGUCUUAAAACUGACCUUUUUACGACCGAUAGAUACUGUCGCCAUGGACUAUAGCCCUUAAAUGUAACGUUCCUAAUGAUGCUACCCGGACUAUUCAAGUAUUCUCCCUAGCUUUUCUCCGUCAGCAAAAAUGUUUAAAUAUAUGUAACUAUUAUAAUAUAUAACUGUUGAAUAAUAUUGUGUCUCAUUUCAUUACAAUUUUUACAGCGUGAACGUGAGUAUGUAUAAAAAAAAGUAAAAGAAACCUCGUGAUGAUUCGCGAAAUAUACAGCUGAUAACUUACUGCAAAAAACGCUAAAGUCGUACAACGCGAACGCAGUGCAUUUCCCGUUACUGAAAGGAAGUGUCUAGAAAGCCACAAAC